AAAUAGACUACAAUCAAGCAAACUGGAUUGUAAAAACACAAAUUAUGUGGAAAUUAGGCACUAAUUUGCACAUGGAAUAAUCUCCAAGACUGAGAUAUAUCUCCAAGCUGAAUAUGGAAAUGUUACUGAACCUGGGGUGGACCUGGACUCGCAAGAUGAUGUAGCCAUAACUUUGCAUUACCACUCAACUCUUUACUGUGUAAUUCCCCAUCACUGUAGUGCUGUUCUCCUGCACUCUAAUCUUUUUGGGGGCAUUCACAGAAUCAAAAAGGCAGGACUUUUGCCAACAUUUUCAAACAUUUCUUCCAAGGCCAUGUCUAUAAAUGGCCACCAGGUACAUGAUGCCUGCAGAAACUUCAUAAUUGCAAAUUAUUACAGCACAAGUGUGAACUGGUUUACUCAUAAGGCUAAUACCUCAAAAAAAUUGGCUUAAAAAAAACAUGGCCAUGCACCAUGUCCGGAGACACAUUUCUUACAGAGUUAGGUUAUAAACUAGGGAAAACAAUCGGUGAAGGCAGUUAUUCUAAAGUGAAAGUAGGGAGUUCCAAGAAAUACAGGGAGAAUGUUGCCAUAAAGGUAGUAGACAGGAAGAAGGCUCCACCAGACUUUGUCAAUAAGUUUCUGCCAAGGGAGUUGGCCAUCUUGAGAGGAAUCAAACACCCUCACAUUGUUCAGGUGUAUGAAUUCAUUGAGGUUUGCAAUGGGAAGCUUUACAUUGUUAUGGAACAGGCAGCAACAGAUCUUCUUCAGUUGAUACAGCACAGGGGCCACAUCCCAUGCAAUGAAGCCCGUCAUUUCUUUACCCAGAUCGCCUGUGCUGUCAAAUACCUUCACGAGCACGACAUUGUCCACCGAGACCUCAAAUGUGAAAACAUCCUGUUGACCGAAGAAAUGCAGGUAAAGAUCACCGACUUUGGAUUUGGCAAGAAGAUUCAUGGCUAUCCUGACCUCAGCAGCACCUACUGCGGUUCUGCUGCCUAUGCCCCUCCUGAAGUCCUCAUGGGGGUCCCCUAUGACCCCAAAAAGUACGACAUUUGGAGCCUGGGCAUCAUUCUUUAUGUGAUAGUGACCGGGUGCAUGCCUUUUGAUGAUUCGAACAUCAGCAAGUUACCCAAGAGCCAGCAGAAAGGAGUGGUCUACCCAGAUAGCAUCCAACUGGAGGACAAAUGCCAAACUUUGAUUAGGGAGCUGUUACAGUUUUGCCCUUCAGGACGACCAGCUGCCAACCAGAUUGUCAAGCACGUAUGGCUUAGAGACAACAAGUAGUGUGACCCAAAAACCCUAUGGGGCAUGAACAUUAGUUUCUUCAUAGUGUUACCAUAAUGAGUGUAACGACGUUUCUAAAACCACUUGCAAUUAAAGCUUUGAAAAUGCACAAGCUUUCUUUUUCAGUCACUGUCGGAGCUUUUGAGUGGAAGGAGAUUCUACCCAGUGAACCGUAGCCGAAGGGAAACUAGUUUGGCUGUUGUCACAUACAUAUUACUGCCACCAUCACUGAGGUACUUGGCAGCUUUGAAAAAGCAAACUUAUUAGUGAUUAGAAAUCUGUACCGGAAGAUUAUAAAGGAAUUUGACAGUGCAGAUGACUUUCCAUUUUUGAGUGAGUCCAGAAUUAGGGGUCAUAAAUAUAUUAACAAAUCUAAUCUGGAGUUCAGGAGAGACCUGUUUACCCAGACAGUGGUGUGAGAGGAGAACCCACCACUGCAGGGAGUGCUUGAAGUGAAUAGUUUAGAUAUAUUUCAAGAGAAUCUCGACAAAGCUGAGAGAGAAAGGGAGAAAAGGAUCCUUAAAAACAGAUCAAACUUGGAGUGUUGGGUAUAAUUGGCUAAUAUUUAUUGACCACCCCUUGGUUGUGCUUGAGGUGGUGGUGACAAGUUGCCUUCUUGAAUGGCUGCAGUGUAGAAAUACCCACAAUGCUGUCAGAAAGGGAGUUGCAAGACUUCACUGGCAAUGAAGCAAUAGCAAUAUGGGUCCAAAUCAAA